UACUACUGUUGUCGGAAGGCGCAAUUUCUAAAUUUGUUACCUGUUAGUGCUUUUCGGAUCCUUAAUCAAUUUAAACUGUGAAAAUGGCUGGAAUCGGAAUGACAAAUGAAACACAUCAUGUGGUUGAUACAGAGGUGUGUCAGCUCAACGUCUAUGUUCAGGGUAGAAUUAUGCCUCAGAAGCCCGUAUUCCUUACCUGUCAUGAUUUGGGGUGUAACCACUAUCAGUAUGAAGAAUUCGUGGCACAUUCGAAGAUGCUGCCAAUUAUGCAACGAUCAACAUGGGUUCAUAUUGACUUACCAGGUCAAGGAGAUGGUGAAGAAGAACUUGCUUCAAGUUAUGUGUUCCCUCCAAUCAAUCAACUGCCUGAUGCCUUUCGUGAUGUAUUGGAACAUCUGAAAAUAAAACAAGUUGUUCUUUUUGGAGAAGGAGCUGGAGCAAAUAUAUUAGCACGUUUUGCGAUCGCUUAUGACAACUUGGUACUUGGAGCAAUACUGAUCAAUUGCACUGGCACCCCGGCUACAUUUACCGAAUCUCUCAGAGACAAGCUAAUGAACUGGAAACUGAGUUCUUCUGGCAUGAAUGCAGCCACUGAAAGCUUUCUGAUUGUGCAUCGUUUCGGUUCAGUUGUUGAAACUGACAGUGAAGUGGAACUACGUAAUGCAGUUGAAAGUUUCCGUCAAAAUUUACGUCAUUCAAUUAAUCCAAAAAAUUUGAACAAAUUCAUAACUUCUUACAUGCAGCGAAAAAAUCUCUCUGACAGUCUUCCAAGCCUUAAAUGUCCUAUACUAUUAAUCACAGGUGCUUUAGGUUCACAUCACAAAAAAUGUCGUCAGUUAUUUGAAGAUCUUGAGAAAGUUCGUCGCGAUGCUGGCAGUGGUCAGUCGGCCAGCAGUGAAUUUGUAAUGAUUGAUGAUGUUUCAAAUGUGCUUACAGAAAGGCCCGACAAAGUGGUUGACAGUAUGCAGUUCUUUUUACAGGGGAUUGGACUGUUGAGCAAUUUAAAACUGCAAAAAACACCAAUGCAAUUAAAUCGUAGAAUGUCAAUGGAAGAUUACGACAGACCACUGGGUAAAACACACUUUGUUAGUCGACUUUCACAGCAAGUACCCGAGGAGAGUACCACGUAAAGAAUAGUACAGUAGUUAACUAACUGUUAAUUUGUUUAUUUCAGUGAACAUAUGUUUGAGUGUCCGUGUUUGCAUGACUUAUACUUUGCAUGUUUAUAAAUUAGAUGAUAAAUUUUUCUUGCUGUUGACUUGUUUCUUCAUUAAAUUUACAGUAUACAUUAUUUUUGAAGAUAAGUAAUGGUACUUUUACUUCUAUUCUAAUUUAUAAAAAAACUACUCUACGUAAUAAUAUCAUUGGUGUAGUUGAAAGUCGGCAAUAUAUAAGAGAGACUUUACAUAAAUUCAAUUAUAAUCUUUUCCCUCUUUUGGACGAAAAAGUUUUAAAAUGAUAUAUAUAUAUAUAUAUAUAAUUCUCUUGGGAGUAAUUAAUUUUAGUGAAUUUUUUUCUGAUAGCUUCUCAACUCUCCUCUGGUUAACAAAGUAGCUCACUAUCCUCCUUUAUGUUACCUAUAUCAAAAGUUAGGGAAGAGAUAUAACCACAGUAUGACCAUCCUGUCCUACUUUAUCGUCUUCCUUGUCCUUACUUUAUUGAAUAUAUCUCAUAUCAUUGUCAUCUAUACUUUCUCUUUGUAUUCCCCUUUGUUUGUCUAUUUUUUUGAAGCAAAAAUGUAAUUUCAUUUAGUAUUUUAUUGGCGAAAAAUGUUUAAGAAAAUAAAAAGGUUUAUAUAUACA